AUUGCUUUGCGCAAAAUCCUCUCUCCCUCUAUCUCUCUCUCUCUCUCUCUCUCUCUUUCUCUCUCUCUCCCCUCCCUCCACUCCAGCCUGGGAUGCGCAGGGCGCUCCCUCCCCUCUGCCGCGCAGGGGAUGCGCCUCUGGGUACCACUAAGGUGGGAGGGGGCUGCAAGCAGAGGCUAAUGUGAGAUGCUCAGACGUCCCUUUCUGCCUGACGCUCGCUCGUGUCUCUCUCUCCGGUUCCGCCAGGGCUGGGCUCGGUAAGAAACAGCAGGAGCCGAGGCAGCCAGCUGAAAGAGAGAGAGGAAGAGAGGAAGCGGCUGGGGUGCGCCGCGCGGGAACCCGAAAAGUGGCCUUGCUCUCAGUUCCCUCCUCCACCGGGUCCUCACCGCCAUGGACCCCGCGAGCCCCAGCAAUUGCUCGGAUCUCUCCGCGCAGGCCAGUUGCUCAGCUGCACCUGGCUCCUGGGUCAACUUGUCCCACGUAGAUGACCGCAACCUGUCCGACCCGUGCAGUCUGAACCGCUCCGACCUGGGCGGGAGUGACAGCCUGUGCCCCUCAGCCGGCAGCCCUUCCAUGGUCACAGCGGUCACCAUCAUGGCCCUCUACUCCAUCGUGUGCGUGGUGGGUCUCUUCGGAAACUUCCUGGUCAUGUAUGUGAUCAUCAGAUACACCAAGAUGAAGACAGCCACCAAUAUCUACAUCUUCAACCUUGCUCUGGCAGAUGCCUUAGCAACCAGCACGCUGCCCUUCCAGAGUGUCAACUACCUGAUGGGCACAUGGCCCUUUGGCACAAUUCUCUGCAAGAUCGUGAUCUCCAUAGAUUACUACAACAUGUUCACCAGCAUAUUCACACUCUGCACCAUGAGUGUGGACCGCUACAUUGCUGUCUGCCACCCCGUCAAGGCUCUGGAUUUCCGUACUCCCCGAAACGCCAAAAUCGUCAACAUCUGCAACUGGAUCCUCUCUUCUGCCAUUGGUCUGCCUGUGAUGUUCAUGGCGACCACAAAAUACAGGCAUGGUUCCAUCGACUGCACUCUAACGUUUUCCCACCCGACCUGGUACUGGGAGAACCUGCUGAAGAUCUGCGUCUUCAUCUUUGCCUUCAUCAUGCCCGUGCUCAUCAUCACGGUCUGCUACGGCCUCAUGAUCUUACGCCUCAAGAGCGUCCGCAUGCUCUCAGGCUCCAAGGAAAAGGACAGGAACCUGCGCAGGAUCACCAGGAUGGUGCUGGUGGUGGUGGCUGUGUUCAUCGUCUGCUGGACGCCCAUCCACAUCUACGUCAUCGUCAAAGCCUUGAUCACAAUUCCAGAAACCACUUUCCAGACCGUUUCUUGGCACUUCUGCAUUGCCCUGGGGUAUACAAACAGCUGCCUGAACCCCGUCCUUUAUGCAUUUCUGGAUGAAAAUUUCAAACGAUGCUUCAGAGAAUUCUGCAUCCCGACUGCCUCCACGAUUGAACAACAAAACUCCGCUCGAAUCCGUCAGAACACUAGGGACCACCCCUCCACAGCCAAUACAGUGGACAGGACGAACCAUCAGCUAGAAAAUCUGGAAGCAGAAACUGCCCCAUUGCCCUAACAGGGCCCUGUGCCAUCCCGACUCCCACUGAGCUUGGAGGCCACCAUCUUCAUGGAAGUAGGUCGCUACCAAGAUGCAUAGGAGCCUCUGGUUUCCUAAGACAGUGCCUGAUCCUGAGUCAUCAAAAGUCUGAUCUCUCUGUUACUCCACUCUGCACACUGGAGGGACAUCUGAACUGUGCCAAGCACCUGAAAGGAGCAGACUGCUUCCCACUAGUGAAUCAGCUCAUGUACGUCAUCACCAGGAGCACACCCAGGUGACCACAAUGCUCCGCGGUGUGUCAACUAAGGUCGUCAUAGAAGGCGACCCUUCUGUAUGUAGUGUCUAUUUUUGAGCAAAUGUUUAUGACCUAGUGAAAGAAAGCCCAUCGAUUGUCAACGUUACUAUAGUAACAUGUCAAGUAAAUGCUACCUCUGA